UCUGUCUUACACAACUUUCUGUGGAUGAGUGCACUUUCUGCAGUCACCACUGUGAUAGGAAAGACAAGUGGCUUUUGCUUUAAAGUGAGAGUAUUUUGAUCAAAGUCAGCGUUCCUUUAUUUUCCUUUUAGAACUAAGAGUGUGGGUUUUGAGAAUUUUUUUGAAGACAAAAACGUCCUGGGUUUUUUUUAUUUGCAGGAAAAACGUCCUGGUUUUUGAGGAAAAAAACUUACAUCAGAGUAUCUGCUAUUUACCAACAAGACUCCCCAAUGGUCAGGCGUGUGGCUGUGGUCGGAGCUGGUGUGAGUGGCUUGUCUUCUAUCAAAUGCUGCCUGGAUGAGGGCCUGGAGCCCACUUGCUUUGAAAGGAGAGAUGACUUUGGGGGACUCUGGAAGAUUACUGAUGCUAGUAAAGAUGGGAUGACCACAGUCUACAGGUCACUGGUGACCAAUGUCUGCAAGGAGAUGUCAUGUUACAGUGACUUCCCCUUUCAAGAAGAUUACCCUAACUUCAUGAACCAAAGAAAAUUUUGGGACUAUCUCCAAGAAUUUGUCAAACACUUUGACCUUCUGAAAUAUAUUCAAUUUAAGACCACAGUGCUCAGCAUAACAAAAUGUCCUGACUUUAAUGAAACUGGUCAGUGGGAUAUUGUCACAGACACACAAGGGAAGCAGGACAGAGCUGUCUUCGAUGCUGUAAUGAUUUGUACAGGACACUUCCUGAGUCCCCAUUUACCUUUGGAAUCCUUUCCUGGAAUCCAUAAAUUUAAAGGCCAGGUACUGCACAGUCAAGAGUACAGGAUCCCUGAAGGAUUCCAGGACAAACGCAUCCUGGUUAUAGGCCUUGGAAACACCGGUGGGGACAUUGCUGUGGAGCUCAGUCGGACAGCAUCCCAGGUAUUUCUCAGUACUAGAUGUGGUUCCUGGGUUAUAAGUCGCUCUUCUGAUGGGGGCUACCCAUAUAAUAUGAUGUAUACAAGACGCUAUCUUCGUUUAGUUGCACAAGUUUUGCCUUCCUGUGUGCAAGAGUGGAUUCAAAAAAGGCAGAUGAAUCAAAGAUUUAACCAUGAGAACUAUGGACUAAGUAUUACAAAAGGGGAGAAAUUGAAAAGAGUUGUGAAUGAUGAGCUGCUGACCUGUAUUCUCUGUGGGAUGGUGACUCUGAAAGGCAGUGUGGAGGCGUUCACCGAGACCUCUGUCCUCUUUGAAGACGGAACAGUGGAGGAAAACAUAGACGCUGUGAUCUUCACUACAGGAUACACGUUUUCUUUCCCUUUUCUUGAAGAACCUCUCAGAAGCCUUUGUGCAAAGAAGCUGUACCUAUACAAGAAAGUCUUUCCCUCAAACCUAGAGAGAUCAACACUAGCCAUCAUUGGUCUCAUCCAGCUGACAGGCUCCAUCUUAGCUGGCACUGAGCUUCAGGCGCGAUGGGCCACAAGAGUGUUCAAAGGACUCUGUAAGAUCCCUCCAUCCUCUAAAUUGAUGGCUGAGGCAAGGGAAAAGGAAAUGUUGAUAGAAAGAGGUGUGAUGAAAGAUACCAGCAAAGGCAAAAUGGACUUCAUCUCCUACCUAGAUGAACUGGCCACCUGCAUUGGCUCAAAGCCCAAUGUCCCAUUCCUGUUCUUCACAGACUUCAGACUAGCUUGGGAGGUGUUCUUUGGACCGUGUACUCCUUACCAAUACCGCCUGAUGGGACCCGGAAAGUGGGCUGGAGCCAGAAAUGCCAUCCUGACCCAGUGGGACAGGACCCUGAAGCCUUUAAAAACUCGAACUGUUCCCAGUCCCUCCAAGCCUGCCUCUGUGUCUUGUUAUUUAAAGGUUUGGGGGCCACCUGUCCUGCUUGCCUCUCUUCUGCUUCUUUGGAGAGCCUCACCUGUUUUAAAGUUCGUGCAAGAUAAAGUUCAAGCUAGAAUCCCCCCUAACCUAGUAAAAAUUUGGUGAGGAUGAAUCUGAUUGCUUGAGGUUGCACAAAUCAUGUCAGUCUUCAAAUGCCUUCCAUAACCCUCCUCUCCUGCCCACAAUAACUGUCAUCAUCCAAAGCCAAGUUCAAUCAUAUUGUAUCAAAAACAUCAUACUAUCUUCUUCUCUGGUGUCAGGAUCUCCUUUUGUGGCUCCCUUUUCAACCCAUAUUCUACUCCGCUACCUAAGCACAUAUUCUAAAAUAAAUUAUUGUCAUUCUU